AUGAUGACAGAAAACAAAUAUUCAUUGAUAAUUGUUGAUUCAGCCACUUCCUUGUAUCGUACUGAUUAUAAUGGAAGAGGUGAAUUAAGUGCUAGACAGAUUCAUUUAGCAAGAUUUCUUAGGUCAUUACUUAAUUUAGCAGAUACUUAUGGUGUUGCAGUGGUAAUAACUAACCAGGUAGUAGCAACAGUAGAUGGGGCAGCAGCUAUGUUUGGAGCAGAUCCAAAGAAGCCAAUAGGUGGUCAUAUUAUUGCCCAUGCAUCAACAACACGACUUUAUCUCCGUAAAGGAAGGGGUGAGACUAGAAUUUGUAAAAUUUAUGAUUCACCAUCAUUACCCGAAUCGGAAGCCAUGUUCUCAAUAGCUGAAAAGGGAAUUUGUGAUGCCGAUGAGUAA